AUGGACAACGCCGAAGUUCCGACUGCCGACUUGACGAACACCGAUUCCGGAGACCUGACCUCGACAAAUCCUUACUCUCUUCACAAGGCUGUUCAUGCCCGCCGCCAAGAGUACAUUCGUAAACAUCGCAUCCGUAUAAAGAUUGGCACUUGGAAUGUCGCCGCAUGCCCUGGAACAGAUAAGGACCUGGCGAGGUGGUUCGUCGAUGGCAAGGGGCUGGACCCCGCACUUGGCUCCUCACCCGCGCCCGAUGGUGCCGCAAAGGAACCCCGGGCAAGGGAUUGCGGCACGGAGGAUGGUACAGACCAUAUACAACUCGUAGGGGAUGACAAAAUCGGACUCUACGUUCUGGGGCUCCAAGAGGUCAACCUCCUGUCCGCCCCCGGACAGUAUAUGACGUGGAUUUAUGCGGCCGACACUACAGCCACGGAUAAGUGGAAGGCGGCUCUGCAGGCCGCAUUGCCUGAGGGCUACCAACUCGUUGUGGCCGAGCAACUGGCCGGCUUGCUGCUCCUAGUGUACGCCGCUUCCGAAGUCGCCCCCACCAUCAGCAAUACAAGUGUUUCCAGCGUCGCAACCGGCGCUCUGGGCUAUCUAGGAAAUAAAGGCGCUGUAUGCACACGCAUCCUCCUUGGUGAAGCUACGCGCCUGGUAUUUGUCAACUGCCAUCUAGCGAGCGGAAUCACCGAGUAUAACCUUAAACAGCGCGUAGCCCAAGCCCAACACAUUCUGAACAGCGCCCAGUUCGAGUCCGUUACCAUCUCCGGUGUCUCGGAGGAGGAAAAGAGCAGGAUUGGCGAUGAGGACUUUGCGUUUUGGUUCGGUGACCUGAACUGUCGGCUCGACAGUCUUCCAGGGGAUGACAUCAGGCGGCUGCUGAUGCUCCAUACACGAGGCGAAUAUGACCUGUCCAAAAAGGAUCUGCGCCGCGAGGAUUCUCUUGAGGGCGAAGCCAUCGUUGUCGAUGCCGAGGGAGUAUCAGACAGCAGUGACGAGCUUGAGGCCAGCGAUAGCGAUCCUACUGAGCAACUCACCGUCGACCACACGAAAGACAAGACGAACGAUACUAGAGCCAUUGCCGACGAGUCUCCCCUUGAGGAUCAAGAUGAAAGCCCUCAGGACCCGCACGAAGACCCGACUUCCCUACAAGCGACGCUCGACUCGUUACUCCCACACGACCAACUAAGACGCUUGAUAAAAGAACGCAAGGUCUUCCAUGAUGGCUGGCGAGAGGGUCCCAUUACUUUCCUACCAACCUACAAGUACGAUGUUGGGAGUGUGGCUCUCUUCGAUUCCAGCGAAAAGCGACGGCCGCCUAGUUGGUGUGACCGGAUCCUGUAUCGCACGCGCAGAGACAAGCAGGCGUAUGACCGGAAAGCCAAAGAGGAAGAAGAGUCGCGCAAGAAGGACGAGGAGAUGAAGGCUCGGGGCAUGGAGGAUGCUAGUGAUGAUGACGACGUACUCUUUGACUACGACCCGGAUAAGGACGGCUUUUCUUACGACCCCGACAAGGACGGCGAUGAACGGCCAAGCUCAGCGGAUAUUGGGUACGAUGAACAUGACGACUAUGCCGAGGGAGACGACCACCAGCCUGGUAGGCAGGAAGGGAUGGACAGGAUACAUCUCGAUCUUUAUACCUCUCAUCAACGAAUAACCUCAUCAGACCAUAAACCCGUUAGCGCUAUAUUUACACUUGACUACGACGCUGUGGUUCCCGAAUUGAAGGCAAAGGUUCAUGCAGAGGUUGCUCGAGAGCUGGAUCGAGCGGAGAAUGAGGGCCGGCCAGUAAUAACCCUCGUUAUCGACCACCACGGUCCCGAAGCGCAUAAGGGACACGCGACUUCAGGGUCCCAAGCUCAUGUGGAUUUUGGGGAACUCAAAUUUUUAAAGAAACUGGAGGCGUCGAUCACAUUGGCGAAUACUGGGCGUGUCCCGGCAACCGUAACGUUUGUGGAGAAGCUAACGACUGGGGAGUCGGGGCACGGCAAUGCGUCGCGACCACAGUGGUUGACAACCUCUUUCAUCCGUCAUGACGCGCCUGGCGACAGUGGGGAGUCCGCCGUACUAGGCAACGAAGUGACACUAGAGCCAGGUGAGACUGGGAAUGCCCUAGUCAAAGCCCUGGUUGACGAGCUCUCACAUGCCCGGAUGCUCAAUGACGGCCAAGAGAGUCUGGAAGAAGUACUCGUGCUCCGCGUUACCAACGGCCGGGAUCACUUCAUCCUGGUUCGAGCCAGUUGGACGCCAACGUGUAUCGGCCGCUCUGUGGAAGAGCUCAUCCGCGUGCCCGAAGGAGGUAUCCGAGUCUUUGCCCAAUCUAUGGCUGACAAGGACGGUCGAGCCGGCUCCAUCCCCUACGACCUCCCGGUUCGCAGCCCCGCCCCAAAAGAGCUCUUCCGACUAACCGAGGCCAUUGAAACCAUUACCCAGCGAGCACUCGCCGACGCGCAAAUGCUCGACGAUUGCGCCAUUCCCACAGAUCCAGGGUGGCCAUUUGCCGUAGAGGCCUGCACAUCAGCCGACCCUAGCACUCGAACGUCGCUCGUCAUCGAUAUCAUCGACGCCCUCGACCGAGACCAGCCCAUCAGCUCGGCCUUCUCCCCGGAAACAUCCUCCCUUGCGCGUCUCGAAGCAGUCGCCCAAGCUCUCCUGCUCUUCCUCCGCGGUUUGACCGACGGCGUCAUCACAGCCUCGCUCUGGCACCGCAUCGAGCAGGCUGCGAUUCCUUCGCUCACGGGAAGCAGCAACACGUCGCCCACAGUGUCCUCGGCCACACCUUCCGACGCCGCGGACAAGGACCGCACGACGAUCCUAGACAUCCUCCAAACAGCACCAAACCACAACAUCUGCUUUGUCUUUUUGACUACCGCUAUUGCUCGCGUCGUGGCUGAGCUGGCCCCGCUUAGCAAAGCCGAGCUGGAGACCAUCAGAAAUGCGACGGGCGAGUCUGCGGCUGCAACUGCGGCUGCGCCGGCCCGCGGGAUGGGAGCCGUGUUCGGCGCGGGGAGGAGAUCGCUUAGUUUCCGGCGCGGCGGCCCGGGCGGGGCGAAUACCGCUGUUGUUGAGGCGUUGGCUGCAUUAGAAAGGAGACGCGCUAGGGAGAAGAGGGUUGCUGCGAUCUUUGGGGCGGAGGGAGUGGUUUGUAGAGGACUGGAGCCUGGGUUGGGCGCAAAGGAGAGGAGGGCGGUUGAUGAGAAACAGCGGAGGGUCGUUGAGUUGUUUUUGAGCGUGGGAUUGUAA